AUGGCAGGAAACAAUCGUAGACGUGCACCAAGUGACUAUAUUAGUUUAUCAGCAAAUGCAGCUGCACAUGUUGAUGCAUAUUUCGAAUAUCGAGCAUUUUCUGAACAUAAAAUUGAUUUUACUGAAAUUCCAACUGAACGACCCAUUCUUAUUUCAUGUCGUUGUGUAUCAUUUGAAUAUGUUGCAAAUGCAUCUGCUACAAGUGAUCCUAAUUGUCGUUGUAAACAUUCACUUGAUACUUAUGGAACACGACCACUUUAUACAUGUCAGAAAAAACAACUUGUUCAUUCAACUGGAUAUGCAACAUCAUAUAAAGCGAUGGGUGGUUUAACAGGAUUUAGUUCAUUAGCUGAAGGAUAUUUGAGACUUGAUCCUAGUGGACGAGGUCAACCUGAUGGUGAUUUUCUGAAUCAAUCUAUAACUGCUAUGGAUCAUCCAAUUCUUCGUGCACAUGUAUUUCUUGAUCCUAAUGAUUAUUAUGAACGUCGUCAUCAAGAACGACAACGUCUUUCACGUGGUAUACGUGCAGCACGUAAUCCUUAUGAUACGAAUGCUCAGUUGACUACUGGUAUUCGAAAUAAUAAAUCAUCACCCCGUCGAAUAACUGGUGGCAAAAAAUAA